UGCCCAAAAAAGUUUAAAUUUUGUGGUUUUUCGGCCUGUGAGCGUGAAAGUGGUGGAAUAAAACGACUCCUGAAAGAAUCCAGAGACGACUGGAAUAAAAAUUCGGAGCCGUGAGACCGUACAACAACCAACAACAGUUGUGACAUAACCGGCUGAAAAGUUAGGUUAUGGCGACCUGGAAUGAGGACGAGAUUGGCGUCGUUCGGGCAUUAUUGGCAGAAAAGAGGGGCCCCAUUACCAUCGAGGACCAUAAAAACAUACAAGGAAGUCUACCUGGAAGAUCACUGGCAGCUAUAAAAAAGAAAUGUUUGGAACUGAAGAACAGCUCGGCCCCCGGGCGGAUGUCAACAAAAUGGACGAAAGACGAAGUGGAGAGAUUGAUCAGAGAGUACAACAAAACGACCGAACAACAAAUCGGAAAUAGAAUAAAGUCAAUUAUACAUCUAUUCCCUGGAAGGACGGAAAAGGCGAUCGCGACGAAGUUGAGAGAAACAUACCCGCAAAUAUAUUAUCGGAGGGUACCCAUUCCUGAAGAAACACCGACUGAGUCUGUGUCUACUGAAACUGCAGAAAACCAAAACCCCGCUGCUGACUUAGAGGAACACACCAGACAAUUUCAGAUGACUUUGAAUGAAGACCAAGGUGAGACCAAUGCUGAGAUUCCGGAAGAGGAGGAAAUCAACUCUGAACUCCUCACCAUAUACGAGGGAAUACUUGGGAAAGUAGGAGAAGACCGGAGGAAAAUAAAGAAAUUCUAUCUGCGGAAGGGAAACAAAAAAAUCGUGAGUCAAGUUAACAAAAUCCUUGAAAAGCGCAUCCACCUAAUUUUACAGGGGACUUCUGACGAAAACACAAAGAGAAAACAAUGCAAGAAGGCUAUCUAUUGUGCGGGAAUUCUUCUCAGAAACAGCUUAAUCAAAAGCGAACACGAAAAACCCCAAUUUGAGAAAACAGAAGCGAAAAUAAAAAAAUUACAGAACCACAACAUUAAGGCAAGAAAAAUACAAAAAUGGAAGGGAGGAAAGUUUGGAGAGGAGCUUAAGAAUGAGGCAAGGCAGAUGAGAAAAUUAGAAAGGCAGCUAGAAAACCAAAAAAAGAGACAUAACCUACAAAAUCUUCGUUCAAGGUACAAAGAAUCACCAUCCAUUAGAAUAAUCCAAGAAAGGGAGAACAGCGGCCCGAAAGACUUGAAGAAAGUGGAAGAAUUCUUCAGCAAACUUUAUAAAAAUGAAGAGGAGAUGGAGACAACACCGUGCCUGAAUAAACUACUGAGUAGGUACAGGAAGACCACAGCAGGUAAACAAUACAAAGAACAGCUGAACGAAGAAAACAUCAAAAUUGAAGUAGAAGAAAACCUCAAGGCCAGCUCACCUUGGAAAGCGCCUGGAGAAGACCGUAUCCCGAAUUACAUCUAUAAAAUACUUGACUCCGCUAGAGAAUAUCUGAAAUCCUUCGUCACUGAUACAAUACUUGGAAGAUACCAGUUGGAGGAAAAGGACAGCAGGGCUGAAGUCAUCCUGAUCCAUAAAAAGGGUGACGAAGAGAAUCCUGCCAGCUACAGACCAAUUGCCUUGCUCAACACGGAUUACAAGAUGUUAACUGCCACCAUUACAUCAAUUCUGAAGAAGAACCUACCGGAGUGGGCUAUACCUGUGGAACAGCUGGCAAGGAAGAAUGUCUGGGGAACAACACACGGACUACUUACAGAUAAAGCAAUAACACAACAAGCCCGUAUGUCAAGGAAGAAACAUUACUCUGCAUGGUAUGAUUUCCAAAAGGCCUACGAUUCCAUCAGUCAUCGACAGCUAAAAAGACUGAUUGCAGUACUCCCCUUGAACAAAAACAUAAAAAACAUACUGAAAACCUUACUGAAGCAAUGGUCUAUUAGAAUAAGAUUGGGAAAAAAGAGAACAAAACCUAUCUACAUAAAAAAAGGAGUAUACCAGGGUGACACAAUGAGUCCCUUGCUGUUCAUUCUGCUAACUGCGAGCAUACUAUUACAUGUGUUAUCGAGUGGAAGAGUGGCGCGAGAUACUUCCGGGAAGUUUCACAUUUUGGCAUUUAUGGACGACUUCAAGUGCCAUACCAACUCGAAAAAGGGGCUGAAGACUUUGACUCAGGAACUGGAGCGAAGUGCAGCUGAACUGGGCCUCAGACUGAAUAAAGAGAAAUGUGGAAUGUACAGUAGGGUGACAGAACCAAUAGAAGAAGAGGAAACUCCGUUCCUGCCAGAAGUGAGAAAUGGAUAUAAGUACCUGGGAAUCGAACAACUAGAAAGAGACACCACCGCCAAUUUCGAAACAGUCAGUGAAAAGGCAAUACAGACCACCGAGCAGAUAUUCAAGUCACCUUUAACAACACCACAAAAGGCACAUCUGUUCAACAGCACGGUCAUACCCAGCAUUAUUUACGUUAUGGGCAACCUCUAUCCUGACGAGAAGAGGGCAACAACUCUAAAAAAAUGCCGAGACUUGGACAAGGAGGUACGAAAAAUCCUAAUCAAAGAAAACAUCAAGGGGAAAACAACAUCUAACGACCAUGUAUACCUCCCGACCAACAUGGGAGGUGUAGGCUUGAGGUCAAUCGAAGUAGAUACAGAGAUCCAGAUGGUAAAAAAGGGAAUUUACUUAAGAUCUCACCCAGAAAUGCAAGCAACCUGCAAAAGCUACGAGGCCCUGCAGAGAGGAGGAUGGAGAAAUCCGCUGACAGAUCAUGACUUCGUUAUCUCCAAGUACAACUGCCCCGAUGUGGAGUACACACAACAGAAGAUCACCAAGAACUGCAAAAACCUGAAACAACACAUUGAAAAAACUUUCUUCGAACAGGUACAGCAAGAAUGGGGAAAAAAUAUGCACUAUGGAAAGGUAAUAACAAAAGAACUACCUAAUAUAGAAUUUCCAGCUUACUCAUCGCCACUCAUGGACAGCUGGCGCUUUUCUUUGCUUCAUAGUGCAGCAGAGGAGCAGGUUCAUGGUCUUGGAGCAAUACCAGGGAGGAGAAGGAACUGCAGAAAAGGGUGCAGCCAAACAGAAACGGCAUACCAUGUAAGUGCAGCAUGCAUCCAAGAUGCCUACAACACCAGGCAUGAUUUUGUGGUGCACUGGACCCUAAAAGCUCUGCUGAAAGGCCUAGGAGCGCCAGAGGAAAUACGACUACACUUUGGUAAGGCCUCGCUGAACGUUGACUUCCUUGGAAAGCGGAGAACAGAAAUAAGGGCAGGAGGUAAAAUUUUAACAGAAAAGCGCCUCCACCACAAUAAACCCGACAUUCUUAUACACCUUUAUGAUCCUGAGGAAAUAAUCAUCUUCGAAGUAUCGGUCGCACAUCUACAAAAUUACAGAACCCAGGAAAAGAUCAAGAAAGUUAGAUAUUCCGUUAAUGGCUCCAUGCACAUUGACCACAGAAACGUGGACGAGGCAAAUAGAGAUCUCAACCUAAUAGGAGAACUUCGCUCACUAUAUCAUUGCCCCGUUCGCCUGGGCGUGUUUGUUGUUGGCUGCUUUGGGGAGAUAGUGAACACUGAGGAGCACAAGAACUUUAAAAAAAUAUUGGCUAACAUUGGCCUGACUAAUUUGAAUAUUAGAAUAUUAAUUAAUAGAAGCUCCUACAGCGCCGCUGUCUCUACGAGCAACAUAAUCUUAAGGCAUUUAAGUUCCUAAUAUCUGAUAAUAAAGAAGACUGUUUUGUUUUAUUUAAAGAUUUUAUUCGAGUGUA